GGGCGCCAAUGCCUCUGCUUUGGAGAAAGAGAUUGGUCCUGAACAGUUCCCUGUGAAUGAGCAUUAUUUUGGCUUGGUCAAUUAUUGCUACGCAAAAGAAGAAGGUGGGAGUCAUCCCACCCAAGAAAUUUAUUUCCCGAUUGAGGAAAGAAAAUGAAUUAUUUGAUAAUUAUAUGCAGCAGGAUGCACACGAAUUCCUAAACUACCUACUUAACACUAUUGCUGACUUACUACAAGAAGAGAAAAAGCAGGAGAAGCAGAAUGGCAAACUCCAGAAUGGCAGCAUUGAGAGUGAAGAAGGAGACAAGACCGAUCUGACGUGGGUCCAUGAAAUCUUCCAAGGAACACUAACCAAUGAAACCAGAUGUCUUAACUGUGAGGCUGUUAGUAGCAAAGAUGAGGACUUUCUGGAUCUUUCGGUUGAUGUGGAACAAAAUACAUCAAUUACACACUGUCUAAGAGGGUUUAGUAAUACUGAAACUCUAUGCAGUGAGUAUAAAUACUAUUGUGAGCAGUGCCGCAGUAAACAGGAAGCACAGAAGAGAAUGAGAGUGAAAAAGUUGCCCAUGAUCCUAGCUCUGCACUUAAAAAGGUUCAAGUACAUGGACCAGCUGCAUCGAUACACCAAACUCUCCUACCGCGUCGUCUUUCCCUUGGAGCUCCGGCUCUUCAACACUUCAGGAGAUGCUACAAAUCCCGACAGAAUGUAUGACCUUGUGGCUGUGGUUGUUCACUGUGGCAGUGGUCCAAAUCGUGGACAUUAUAUCACCAUUGUGAAGAGCCAUGGCUUUUGGUUGCUGUUUGAUGAUGACAUCGUAGAGAAAAUUGAUGCCCAGGCCAUUGAAGAAUUCUAUGGGUUAACAUCAGACAUUUCCAAAAACUCAGAAUCUGGCUAUAUCCUCUUCUACCAGUCAAGAGACUAAGACACAAGAUACCUGUGUACAAAUAAAAAGAAAAAAGGGAUCAAGAUAUGUCCAAGUGGAACAUAUUUGUGACAGCAGAAGCAGUUCCUCACCGUUGCUGUAGGACCAGGACAGAUUCAGCAGGGCGAAUAAGGGUUUCUCCCUGCCAUUUCGUGGAGGAUUAGUGCUGACUGCCGUAACAAGAAGAGCUUUUGUUCCAGUUUUCUUUCUGGGCUUUUUUUACGUGCUAUCUUCCAAAAUCUGUGUUACCUCUACUUGAAACCUGGCUGCUUAUUUGUUCAUGAACUGAAGAAGAGAUUUAAAAGUAGCAUUGUAGAAUUUUUACCAUUUAAUGUUGGCCUGAGGCUAUACCUUGGUUUCUACCAUCGUCGUUUUUCUGUAUUUUAGCAGAAUGAUUUCAAUAUUCAGUGUCAGCUGAAGGCGUAUUUUAGGAUAUGAACAGCAGCUGGUUGCUGGAUAUUUUUGGUGACUCAGACUUGAGAAGCAGUACAAAGCUAAGACAUGUUGGAAAUGUCAAGUCUGUAAUUUUUAUAAAAAAAUAACACAGACAAAAAAAACCUCUCUGCAGCAUUGUCAGUUUCCCCAUUAUGCAUUAUCUUGGUUUUAGAUAACACUAACAGCACUGCUUCUUUUUAUAUUUUUAUUUUUGCUGU